UGGUGGUGGUAGUGGGUGGUGUCAACGGUUGUGGGUUGUGGUGCUGCCGUGCUGUUAAUGAAAGGUGAAGAGGGAAUGGAAUGGAAAAAAAACAGGGGGAUGGAUAGAAUGAUUUUGAGGGAAUGAAAUGCAUUUUGGAAUGAGUUAAAAAAACAGCGAUUCCAUUCCAUUGACCAACCAAACACUCUCUUCUUCAUUUCUUAAAAAUGGUCCAUUCCAUUCUACCUCACAUUCCUGCAUACAAACGCUAGCUAAGUGUUAAGGAUGAGUUAAAAUGUUUUUGGAGUGUUUUUAAUUUUCUUCUACUUGCAAAUAAAUAUAUAAGGGGAUACCGAGUGGCAGCGGCAAAGCAGCGGCAAAGCCGUUUGCCGCGCGGCAAACACCGCCGCCGACCAACAUUGGUCGCGGCAAAAGAUGAAAUGCGGUGAUGGAUUACCGAAGCGAGAAAGAAGAAAGCUGCCAAAUUUACUACCCCCCUAACGGUAAUAUUACCGUUUGAUGUAAAAAAAAAUUGUUUUUUAAAUUUUUUUUCACCCUAUAUAUAUACCACUCACACAUUUUAAAAAAAAUACACCUUUCUCUCUAUACUCUCUCAAUCUGUUCUACACUUUGAAAAAUAUGGAAGGCUCAAAGAAGGGUGAAGGCAAGAAGAAAAUGGUAGGGUCCGGUUCAAAGUCGAGGCCUCAAGAUAAACGUGGUUCGGGUGGUAGUAGUGUCCCGUUUAAUCCGCAACUUGGGUUUGCGAGUCACACCCAACCUCCAUUUUAUUUUAACCAACCCAUGCAUCAACCUUUCGGUUAUGAUACCCAACCCACCCAAAAUUGGAUGCAAUACGGUCCGAGGAUGACUCAAGCCGGUUAUUAUGAUUACUCCCAAGAAGCGCAAAAUGCUUUUGACCCGUUUGCUUUUCAAAACCCAAUGUCACAAUCACCAACCCAAGACGAACAAGAUGACGCCGAUGAGGAGUUCGUGCCGGAAACACAAGAACAUGAGUUAGAUGAUAUUGAUGAAGAUGUUGCGGAUGAUGAAGAUGUUGCAGAUGAACCGGAAAAAAAAGCAAAAGCCAAACGGGAAAAUUGGUCGCCUAGACAAGAAGAGGCGUUGGCAAAGGCUUUUAUUCAUUGCACUUUGAAUAAAAGAAAAGGCAAUCAACAAAAGAAGGAUAGCUUUUGGAAGAAAGUUUUAAACCACUUUAACGAAACGGUCGGCGGAAGUAAUCGAACCCACCACCAAGUUCGAUCAAAAUGGGUGACGAUGCAAACAAAAAUUAACACAUUCAACGGUCUAUAUCAUCAAGCGGAUCGUUUACGUCCUAGCGGGAGUGACGACGCAUAUGUAAUGAAACAAGCGUUAAAGGAUUACAAAAGCAAAGAAAAUAUUGAGUUCGCUCAUGUUGCGGUUUGGGAGGUUGUUAGAACAAGUGAAAAGUGGUCGCCGGUACCUUUGUUGAAUGAAGAAAGCUCCGGUUCGGGUCUAAAAAGAAAGUCUUCGGAUUCGGGAAAUUAUGCCCGAGGAUCACCGAAUGUCGAAAUCUCAAGCGGAUUCACUAUUCCCGACAUAAACGAGGAUCCUUCACCACCACCACCAAGACGACAAACGAGAAAGGAGAAAAAGGACAAAGGGCCGUCUUCAAAAAACGAAGAUCCAAGAGAUAUAACAAGCAAAUUCGAAGAGUACAAGGCCAUGAAAAAGGAGAUAAUGGAAAUUAAACGUGUACGAGAAGAAAAAUAUUUGACCUUGGCCGAUGAGCAACGAGAGGCGUUGCGACAAACAAUGUACGAGAAGGACUUUGAGUGGUAUAAUCGGCCUACCGACGACCUUAACCCGAAGAUGUUGGAAGUCGCACUCGCUAGAAAACGGGAGAUCGCAAAAAAAUAUGGAUGGCCUUGUGAUUUUUAG